UUCACAACUAACAAUGCACUCUUCACUAUUCAGCCUCAUUCUAAUCUUCACCUUCUUCAUUUUCACCUCCUCCAGUACUGCCACUGCCACUGCCACUGCUACUAAUAUCCAUCGCCAUCGUCGGCUUCUCCACCAAUCACUUUUACCCUUUCAUCGUCCUCUCGCGCCAACUUCAAUUCCAUCCAUUAACACUAAACCUCCAUUUCCUUCUCCUCAGUUUGUUCAUCCAUUUUUCACGCUUUUUCCUCCUCCUCCUCCAAUAACCUCCAAAGAUCUUGCCACUUUCCCUGCUAACAUUUCCCUCAUUCUACCACACACGUCGCAUUCCUCUAAAAGUUCCAUCACCAGCAAAUUCAUUGCCAUCCUCGUCUCUGUCUCCGUCCUCUCUGUUGCAUUCGUCACUGCUCUUGUCCUCUUCUUCUUCCUUCAUCGCUAUCCCCACCGCGAAGACAAAAGCUACGAUCACGAGAGAAGUGAUAGUCGUCGCCUCGUUUCACCUAAUGCAACCCCCUCUCAUGCAGAAUUUGGCAGUGCACAUUAUCUUUACACACUUGAGAAUUCUAGAAAAGUCAAUGAAGAUGGUGCUCAAUCUUCCACAGCAACAAAUGACUGUGUUACACUAUACUUUCAAACGUUUAGGUCACCAGAACUCCGCCCUCUCCCUCCAUUGCCACGUCAAAAUUUCAAACAAAAUCAUAAAAAUGCUGAUUCAGUAGGAUCACCUGAAGAUGACGAAGAGCAAGAAUUCUUCUCCCCCGGAGGAUCCUCUGGGGAUAUAGGUAGUUCCAAUUUCUUAGAAAAAAGUCCCUAUGCACAUUUUGAAGGUUAUUUCCAUAACCUGAAUGCAUACCCGAAUUCUAAUUCUUCAAAUGAUUCAUUAUCCAAAAGUCCUUCUGGAAAAUUAAAUUUAAGGUUUAUUCUUCCACCAGUGGAACAAGGAUCAUUGUCAUCAUCUUCGCUAUCUUCUAGCACUACUCGAAACUCUCCUCCUCGAGUUUAAAAUUUCUCCGUUCAAAUUCCAGAGUCUUCCA